AAGCAGCAUUCGCGGCAAGCUCACAUUAAUUCUAGUUCUGUCUCUGUGUACCGGUUGAAAAGGUCCUAUUAAGCCUCUGAUUCCGUUGCAAACGAGCCUGAUCCUCCACUUCUUGCUCCAAUUUCAGAACUUUGCUCAUCAAUCUCGCGUUGGGGAUGGUUUGGGCUGACGCAGCGAACGUUCCAUCCACCCUUAUUAGCUGCUUGAAUACGGUAUCCGAGAGGUAGCUAGACGUCCACUAGCUAGUAGCUAGGUAGCGUUGCCACCAACUCAAGUUGGGCAUGUGCCACUGACGUCGUUCCAUUCCCACGCAUAAUAGUCUAUCUAAUCCCAUAGCCGCCCAUACUGCAUCGCCACAGAAACAGCUCCUUCCUGGCCAAAACAACCCUCCUGUUCCAAGACGAGAAAUCCAGAGAUGGAGAGCAAAGACGCCGAGAACAAGAACCAGGGCACAACUAGUAUUGAGGAUGAAGCCCAGGAUACCACUCCGGAAACCAAUGAGCACACAGACGCUCAUUCAAAUGAGAAUGAACACAACAGCAGAGAGAUCAACGAGCUACCAAAACCAGAAUCGGCUACUACCACUAGUAUGGAUACUAGCGAGGAUGAAGUCAAGAUGGAUACCAUCUCAGAAACCAAAGAGCAUACAGACUGUCACUCAAUAAUUGAGAAUGAGAGCAAUACCCGUAGUGGAGAGAACAACGAGCUAUCAAAACCAGAACUGGCAUUAGGCAUCGCAGCUGGUGAUCCAUUGACUUCUCCUCAUGCUGAGAUGGAUGGAUCAACCACCCAGUCCCACCACAACACAUCAGAGCACAUAGAGCUCCACACUGUCACAGACCCAGAAAAUUUAAUAGCAGAAGACGAACAUGUACAAAUGUUACCCCUGACGUGGAACAUCGUGGAAGACGGAUUACUGCCCGGCACCUUUGCUGUGGAAGGGCCCAAUGUGGGGUUAGAGUUGCCGCACCACGAGGUCGAAGCCUCAAGUACUAGUGAAGUCUCAGAUACCAAUCACGUUCACGUGGAUGUCGCCCACAUUGAUGAUGUUCACAUUGAUGAUGCCCACUUGGUGGAUGUGGAAGCCGAAAAUGCUACGACAGAGCAUGUUGAUCAUGGAAGCAACACUGAACUUGUUGAGGGCACAGUUAUAGGCGGUAGACAACAAGACCAUAAAGGCCACUGGAUUGGGUGGGUUGCCAUACUUGGCUGUGCUGCUGUCCUUGCAGUUGUGUUGAUACUUGUCUUCCUUCUGGGGGGGCAGUCCAGUGGGGAACCCACAGAGAGCACGAUGAAUGCAGACAAACAAUUCACUCAAGACCAAGCCAUCUCUUAUCCACCAUUUCAUGACAAUUUCCCCGAGGUGGUUGCCACAGCCAUCUUAGAGGACACUGAUAGUCCUUUCUAUCAUGCAAAUCAAUGGGUCAUGAAGGAUCCCAACUUUGACAACUACUCCAUGGAACGAAAUAUACAAAGGUUCUACUUGGCCAUGAUGUACUAUGCUACUAAUGGUGACUAUUGGCUUGAUAAUGAGAACUGGCUCAGUUAUGAAGUCUCAGAAUGCAGUUGGUUCACUAAAAGCACCUUUCCCAUAUCAAGCAAGUACUACGACACCAAUGUCUGUAGCAACAAUAACAAUACAGUGAUCAAUUUGAGCUUGGCAUCAAACAACUUGACAGGGACGUUCCCAAUUUGGUACACUUACUUCAUUCCCUCAUUGAAAAUCCGUGACCUCGGUUACAAUCCCAUUGCUGGUGCACUGCCACCAAUCACUUCCACUCCAAAAUUUGAAGUCUUUGUUGUGUCCCAAACCGAAUUGGAAGGGGCUCCCAUCAUGAAUGCCGGGGCCUACUUCCCUGCUCUCAAGGUAUUGAAGACUGACGGUACCAAAGUCCGUGGAAACAACAAUGGGGCUUUGAAUUAUAUUAUCCCAAACCUUGAGGUCAACAAUAUCUCGUUCAACCCUACUCGGGCCCACCUGUUUUCAACCCUGGGGCUCUUGACAAAUUUGCAAUAUCUGGGACAAGCUCACAGAGGCUUUCUGACGGGCACAAUUGUAACUGAGAUUGGUUUUGCAACGUCUCUGCUUGAAAUCGACUGGUCCAGCAAUCCCAGACUUGAGGGAACAAUUCCAUCGGAACUUGGUCAGCUUUCUCACUUGACAAAGCUAGACCUAAUGGACACACCUGUCACGGGGAAGGUCCCUAUUGAGGUUUGCAAGCUUGUACAAGAUGGCCAACUGGAGCUCUUGGUGGACUGUGGUGACCUGCUUCAGUGUUGUACCGACUAAGACCCAGCAUUUGGACUGGACAGUAUGACAUUAUUUUUAUUCCAUGAAAGGUGCAAAUGGUAUCACCCGUUACGCUGGGAGGACGUUUCGAGGUUUCAGGAGCUUGCCCCUGUCCUUUGCAGCUUAAUUGGCUUUUGAUGGACAGGAAUUUAUUAAAGUUGUAUGGUUAAGGUAGCUGCGGU